GCAGGGCGCCCCGAGCUUCAAAGGGGCCCCGGCUGCGGGAGGGGUGGGGGGCAGGCUUCCCCGGGCCCACUCCCUCCUGAAAGAAGGCCCUUUGAUGUCCCCCACCCCCUUCUCCAGUUCGCGGAAAGUCGGUUUCAGACCCCCCGAGCCAGUUUCAAUCCCCGGCCAAGUCGGUUUCAAGUCCCCCGAAGCCCUUCUGACACCCACAAGUUCUUGCAGCUCCCCGAGCAAACCCCUUGCAGCGCCGCCCCCACGGGUGUCUCAGCCGCCCUUAACGUCGGUUUCCACCACCCCACAAAAAAGGCCGGUUUCGUACUCCUCCAAAAGGCUGUGUGUAGACCCCAAGUCUCCCCACCGCCCCUGGAGGAUGAACCAGCUGCCCAAGAUGGCGCCCGUGGGCUCUGACAAGGAACUCAGUGACCUCCUGGACUUCAGCAUGAUGUUUCCUCUGCCCGUCGCCAACGGGAAGGGCCGACCCACUGCGAUGGCCGGCGCCCAGUUCGGAGGCUCAGGUCUUGAGGAGCGGCCCGGCUCGGGCUCCUGGGGCACCGGCGAGCAGAACAGCUCCUCCUUCGACCCCAGCCGGAGCUACGGCGAAGGCGCCCACUUCAGCGAGUCUCCUGGCAACCUCUCUUCAUCCACAUUCCUGGGCCCUGGGCUUGGAGGCAAGGGCAGCGAGCGGGCCGCAUACUCCGCCUUCGGGAGAGAAGCGGGCGUCGGUGGCUUGAGUCAGGCUGGCUUCCUGCCGGGCGAGAUGGCCCUCGGCAGCCCCGGGCCGCUGUCCCCCUCGGGCGCCAAGGGCUCCCAGUACUACCCCUCCUACCCCAGCAACCCCCGGCGGAGACCCGCGGAUGGCGGCCUUGACACGCAGCCCAAGAAGGUCCGGAAGGUUCCGCCGGGUCUCCCGUCCUCGGUGUACCCGCCCAGCUCAGGGGAUGACUACGGCAGGGACACCACCUACCCAUCCGCCAAGACCCCCAGCAGCGCCUACCCCACCCCCUUCUACGUGGCAGACGGCAGCCUGCACCCCUCCGCUGAGCUGUGGAGCCCCCCAGGCCAGGCGGGCUUCGGGCCCAUGCUGGGUGGGGGCUCAUCCCCCCUGCCCCUCGCGCCGAGCGGCUCCGUGGGCAGCAGCAGCGGCACGUUCGGGGCCCUGCACCAGCACGAGCGCUUGGGCUACCAGCUGCACGGGCCUGACGUGAACGGCGGGCUGCCGGCCUUGUCCACCUUCUCCUCGGCUCCGGGAGCCACCUACGGCAACGUCUCUGGCCACACGCCCCCCGUCAGUGGAGCCGACAGCCUUCUGGGCCCCCGUGGGACCACAGCCGGCAGCUCUGGGGACGCCCUUGGGAAGGCUCUGGCCUCGAUCUACUCUCCGGAUCACUCCAGCAAUAACUUCUCGUCCAGCCCCUCGACCCCCGUGGGCUCCCCGCAGGGCCUGGCAGGGACAGCACAGUGGCCCCGGGCAGGAGCCCCCGGCGCCCUCUCGCCCGGCUACGACGGGGGUCUGCACGGCCUGAGUAAGCUGGAGGACCGGCUGGACGAGGCCAUCCACGUGCUGCGCAGCCACGCCGUGGGCCCCGCGGGCGACCCGCACGGGCUACUGCCCGGGCACUCGGUGCUGGCCUCGGGCUUCGGCGGGCCCGUGCUGCCGCUGGGUGGGCGGCCCUCCAGCCUGGUCGGAAGCGGCCACACGGAGGACGGCCUCGCGGGCAGUGCCGGUCUCCUGCACAACCACGUGGGCCUCCCCGGCCAGCCCAGCGCCCUCCCUGACCGCCCACGGCCGCCGGACGCCUACAGCGGGCUCGGGCGGGCGGGCGCCGCCUCGGGCACCGGCGAGAUCAAGCGGGAGGAGAAGGAAGACGAGGAGAACGUGGUGGCCGCCGACAACUCCGAGGAGGACAAGAAGGAGCCGCAGGCCUCGCGGACCCGGACCAGGUGCCAGCCCCCCUCGGCCCCACCCGCCCCCACGCACGCCGCGCACACACACGCACACGCCCGCGGAGCCCGCCGCGGGCCCUGCCUCACGGUCUCCCUCUGGCCCCCGGCCCCCCGUAGCGCAGACGAGGAUGAGGACGGCCUUCUCCCCCCAGAGCAGAAGGCCGAGCGGGAGAAGGAGCGCCGGGUGGCCAAUAACGCCCGGGAGCGGCUGCGGGUCCGCGACAUCAAUGAGGCUUUUAAGGAGCUGGGGCGCAUGUGCCAGCUGCACCUGCACAGCGAGAAGCCCCAGACCAAACUGCUGAUCCUGCACCAGGCCGUGGCGGUCAUCCUCAACCUGGAGCAGCAAGUGCGAGAGCGCAACCUGAACCCCAAAGCAGCCUGCCUGAAACGCCGGGAGGAGGAGAAGGUGUCGGGUGUGGUCGGAGACCCCCAGAUGGCACUCGCGGCCACCCACCCAGGCCUGGGUGACGCCCACAACCCCACCGGGCACCUGUGACAGGUCCUACCCCCGCCGAGGACGCGCCCUGUGGAUCGUGACCCACGUUACAGGCCUGGGCCGAAGGAGCAUCUCGCGUUCUGUUUAUUUUUUUUAAGCCAACAAGAAAACACACGCUUUGUCUGAGAAGGAAAAAAAAUGCCUUAAGUAUGAAAAGUGGACGACUCGGAACGAGUGACUCGAGGGAUGCUGUGCGGCCGUGGGUGUUCCGCGGAAGCCACCAGCAAAUUGUGCCUACGCUCAAUAUUUUUUUUAAGGAAAAUAAAAACAUUAGUUACGAGA